AUGAGUCAGUUUUUGUAGAAAUUUACUUAAGGGCUGAAGAUGGGCAGCAAUCUAUUUUAACAUAGAUUAUCUCAACAAAGAAUGUUCUUGACCAACUAAUUUUGGCGUUAGAAUUAAAACCAAUAAUAGCAAAGCAGUGAAAUAACAUAAGUUGUUAAUAAUUAAGAGUAAAACUUCCAAAGAGAUCAAUAAAGAAAAGGUUUUAAUUACUGGAUUGCAGGUUUGGUUCCUCUUUUCUUGUUCUUAGAAGACUAGAGAAGGAAAAAGGAAUAAAUUAAUUGCUUUUGGGGAAAAAACAACUUGAAAAAAAACAGAAUUACUGGUAGAAUAGCCUCAACUGAAUAUAAUGCAAACGAUCCUAUUGAAGAUAGACAUGUGUGCAAGCAGUUAAAGAACAUUGAUGCUUAUGUUUGUGCAGUUUUUGAUGGCCAUGGUGGCUGGUCUCUUUCAGAAUAUGCUAGCAAGUUGCUUAUUGAUGAAAUUGAUUUGCAACUUGAUUAGCUUAAAAAGAAAGAGUACAAAAAUGAAGAAUAAUACAUAUCAGAAGCUAUAACUAAGGCCUACGAGUAUAUUGAAAUAUCUUUCUACGAGUUAGCAAUUCAAGGAAAAAUUGCCAGACCUUUCAAUGUAGGAAGUUGCGCUUUAGUGACUUUAAUAAAGGAUGACAAAGUUUAUGCUGCAAACAUUGGUGAUUGCAAGGGAGUUAUUAUUAGUGAAAAUGGUAAGGAAUUUUAAGCUAGAAAAAUUAACCAUAAGCAAAAUGCAAACUCAAAGAAGGAGUAAGAUAGGUUAAAAAAAACCUUCCCUUCUGAUUAGGAUAUAGUCAUAUGUAAAAGAAAUAAUUAAUCUGCAUGUUAUGUUAAGGGAAGAUUGAUGCCUACAAGAGCAUUUGGAGACUAUCAUUUAAAAAUCAAAGACCACUUUAAGGGUAAAGGAUAAUUUAAUGGACCAUACAUUACUGCAAAGCCAGAAAUCCAGGUCCAUUAAUUAAAAAAAGAAGAUAAAUAUAUUGUAAUGGCCUCUGAUGGCUUGUGGGAUGAAAUGAAUAAAGCCACUAUUGCUAAAAUCGCUUACGAAAAUAAAAACGACAAAUCAAAAAUAGUUUCUUCGUUACUUAGCAGUGCUCUUUAGCACGCUGCAGAUGAAAAAAAAUUAACCCUCAAACAAUUAGGUGAUAUUCCAGCUGGAGAGCGUAGAAGUUUGCAUGAUGACAUCACUAUUGUAUGUGUUGAGUUAGAUAAAUAAUCUAAUUGA